AACUGUCAUGUCAAAUUGACUGUACGAAGUUAUACCUAUAUAGUUUAUAUUAAUUUAUAUUUUUAACGAAAUGCAAGAAGAGGAUGAGGAUGCCAGUGAAAUAUCAAUGACACGCAUGAAAGCCGACCUUCCUCAAAAACGGCGUCGCGCUAAAAAGAUAAAGAUCCCACGACGCGCCCCAUCCGUGGUCAUACCAGAACGGAAGAUAGUCUACAUCACAGCUGACAAAACGACCUGCGCGCUCUGCCCGUGCUUCCCCAAGGAAGAUCCCUAUGCUAAACCCAAAAAAUUGAAACCAUGCCAGAAAUCCCCUCUAACCCUAUACGAGAUCGCAGCAUCGGUGGUCGACCAGUUUCCAUACCCAGACCACUUCAGCUGGACCGAGGAGCAAGUCGCCGAUUGGAUGGCAGACGUCGUUGGAUUGCCGCAAUACCAGGCAUGUAUAUUAGACAAUCAUAUCAAUGGAAGAAGACUCUUAAGAUUAGAGGACCCGUCUGUUUUGCCCGAACUUAACAUACACGAUUGGCAGCACAUUAAGAGAAUAACGAAUGAAAUCCGUAAGAUAUUCACAACGGAUUUCAUCAGAUUCGCUCGCAGUGUCGGCUUGCCGCUUCGGAAGCCACUGACCCACUGUACCUGGUUCAAAUCCCAAACGGGACCGACUUGGGGGAUACGCCAGAAUUGGGAGAGAGGUGACAUAUUAAGAUGGAUGAAGAUAAUAAUGCCGGAGCCGCUGUAUCUAGACCACUGGGACUUGGUUUGGUAUGAGAAGCCAGACUUCCCCCGACUCCUACUGGCUCGGAUCCCUCAACCAGAACACCGGGAGAUCAUUCCGCAGUACAAGAUUGUCGAGGAUUACUGCAACGAAUAUGUGGUACCUCGUAAAUUCCGCUUGCAAGCCAACAUCCCGGAUGAGAUGCAAAUGAUCUGGAUGGAGCACCGUCCCGGUUCCCCCUCUCACAAGCCGGCGAAGGUCAAAACCGUCAAGAUCAAGAAGCCCAAAACUCCACAAGAGAACCGCCUUCUCCCGAAGAAGAUCAGCUUGAAAGGCUUAGCCGGCAAGGACUUGAUACUCGCCCGAAGACAGAUGCCGAAACCGAAGUUUAUGAAGAAGUGAUUUUUGGGUGUUUAAAUAAAUUUAAAGGUUUUAUGUUAUCAUUUUUAAUUGAAAACGCAAAAAUGACAGCGUUUUUAACGGUUUAAAUCCGUAAAAAGGAGACUCAGUUUGUGUUUUUGUAUGUUUAUCCGCGAUUAUCUCGCGUUUGGCUGAAGCAAUUUGGAUGCGGUUUUCAGAAAAGUAUUUCUUACAUUCGUGAGGUUUUAUUGCUUUAACCCACUCUGAGUUUGACAUGUAAAUAUGUACUUACGUUUGAAAGUUUUUAGUUAUUAUUACACAAAAAGUUAUCAAUAUAUGUUUAAUUUAUUUGAUAAUAUCAUAUAAGUUUCCCGUGGUUGUAUUUGUGUGAGUCUGUCUGUUGUAUCACGAACGAAUGAACCGAUUUCGAUUUUAAUGCUGCAACUGUAAGUUAUUGGUGAGUGAUCUUAGUUGUUUCAUGUAAAACUGUUAAAAAUGAGAGAUAGAGAUCAUAUUUUUGUCAACUCUCUGCUUAGUUUCAAAAAGGCGUUGACUAAUAUUUUCACUGUUACCGCGGCAACAGAAAUACGCCAUCUGUAAAAAUAUCAGCUAUCUAGCUAUUCACGAGAUAAAACCUUGUGACAGUCGGUCAGACAGUCAGCCAGACGAAUAGUUUUCCGUUUUAACCUUUUUUACGGUACCCUUGAAAUAUCAUCAAAAAAUAACAAUUUAACAGACAACCCACUUUCCAACCUUCCCAACCCCACAUUUUUCCAAGAAACUCACUUCAACAUAAAAACGUGCCUAAGCUGGUAUGAAAGUGGUGUUCUUAAUUAAGUGUUCGUGACGUCACGAGGUCAAGGUCGAUGACGUCACAGUGCAGUUUGUAUGCGACAGUUUGGCUCUGGUUAUGAAGUGGGAUUCUAGGAAACGGUGACCGUGGCCCCGGUACACGAAGGGCAAAGGAACAUGGGUGGGUUUUUAGUCAGUAUAAGUCUGACACUCCCUUACGCUCAAUCCAAGACCUACUAUUGUAAUGUGUGAUGAUAAAAGUAAAUCGGGGUAUUGAUAUUAUAUUGUUAAUACUAGCUGUUGCCCGCGAC